AUGGGUGAGAAUAUGGCUGUAGAUGCAGUUGCAUCUGUGGUUCUCCAGAAACUACAAGUGAUGCUAAGUGAUAAGUCCUUCUCGGGAAACAAGAUUAUAAGGCGUCGCCUCAAUCGGAUGCAGGAGAUCCUCGGGAAAACGAGCAGCUUGGUUGGAGCUGCAAAUGAGGAACCAAAUGCUCAAGAUAUCAACAAACUCUACCUCGGCUAUCUCUACUCCAUCGAAGACUCCAUUGAGUCCUUCGCCCUCCGUUUCACCCGCCAGAGGAACAAGCUGGGAUUCCUCAUCAAUCAUGCUCUCCUCCUCAAAAAAUUCACAGCUCUCAAAAUGCUCGACUCCAAACUCUCCAAUAUUCAGACAAAGGUUAUGAAGCUCAACAAUCGUACAAGCAGCCUUGAAAGCAUCAGCAGCACUCGAACAAACAGAGAGAGAAGACCAGAGAUAAAACAGACUCCACUUUCUUCCAUUCAAGAAGAAACUCGAGGUCUGAAAUCAAGUAUGAAGCGUGCAAUGAGCAGUCCCGCUGUUGGAAACAUACAAGAAAGGCCAACAAAUCUACGCAGGAACCAGUCCUUCAAAAUGCUCUCACGCAGUAAUGCCUCAAUGAUACGAGAAAGGUGGAAGCAAUCGAAGCUCAUGUAUAGUUACUCCUACAAUGAGGAAGAACUAUCCAUGGUCGGAUACCAAUGCAAGGUGAGAGAGCUCCGGCCUAGGCUGGAGAAAUUGGAUGACAGGAUAAUCCCCAUUGUAGGCGAACUGGGCUCAGGAAAGACAAUGCUGGCUCGUGCCAUCUAUGGCAACAGAAGCAUCAAAAACAUGUUCAAGCCUGCUGCUUGGGCAAACAUUUUCAAGGAAUCUAUGACGACGGAUAUCUUGCUGGCCUUGCUGAACCAAGUGAAGAAAUCGGAAGUGCAAGAUGGGAGCAAUGAGGAAUACCUCAAAAGCAGGCUCGUGCAGGAACUGACUGGUCGGAGAUACUUGGUGGUGUUGGAUGGAGUUCAGACUCGGGAGCAAUGGGACAGACUUAAAGAUGCUUUCCCAGAUCAACAAAAUGGGAGCAAGAUAAUCCUUACCACUUUUGAUGAGCGAGUAGCAGAGCAUGCCGAUUCAAAGAGACAGGUGUAUAAUUUGGAGAAGCUGAACCCUGAAGAGAGCUGGAGUUUGUUCAUGAGAAAGGUGGGCUCACAAAAUGAUCCAGAAAAUUUUCUCAAGGAGAAAAUUAUUCAUGUUUGCCAGGGGCUGCCCUUGAAUAUUGUUCUUCUGGGCAGUCUGUUGUCGAUGAAGAGCAGAGGGGAGUGGUCCGAAACACUCAAGAGCGACAAAGAAUGGCGAGCCUCAGACAUUAUGAAGUUGAGCUACAAUGAUCUGGAUCACCAUUUGAAACUGUGUCUCAUCUAUAUGACACUGUUUCCCAAAGAACUAGACAUUCCAGUGAGGAGGUUGCAACGCUUGUGGCUUGCUGAGGGAUUUGUAAAACCACAGAAACAUGGAGAGUUCCCAGAAGAUGUGGCGCAAGGGUAUUUCGAAAACCUGGUCAAACGCAGCUUGAUAAUGGUGUCCAAACAACGCUCAGAUGGAAGCCCCAGAAGGUGCCGGUUGCAAGGCGCCCUCCACGACCUCUUGUUGGAGCAGGCGCGAGAGAUCCGCCUUUUCCACGUUCAUCCUGGAUCCGAUGAUAUGCGUAGGCUCAUCGAAUAUGCUGAUGCCCGCAAUGCUCCGCUUCAGCCUUCCCAAAUUCAACAUGUGAGGUCUUACAUAUCUUUCAACCUACAGAAAAAGGAUACUCCAGCAAAGCAUGUGAGCUCUCUUGUAAGCAACAUGGGCAAAAGGCUGGGCCUGCUGAGGGUUCUUGAUCUUGAGGGAGUGUACAAGCCUAGUUUGCCUGAUAAUCUAGGCGACUUGUUUCAUUUGAGGUACUUGGGAUUGAGGUGGACUUUCUUGGACAAGCUUCCCAAAUCUGUAGGCCAACUCCCUCAUCUCCAAACAUUAGACCUGAAGCAUACAUGCAUAGACAAAAUCCCAACCACUGUUUGGAAACUGAAAAAUCUCCAGCAUCUCAAUCUUGAUGAAGUUCAUCUAGACAAGGAUACGCCUCUGCACUUCCCCGACCUCCUCACACUCUGGGGAUUAUCAGUCAGCCAUGAGGCCCCAAUCACAGAUGGUUUGAGCAAAUUGAAACACCUAAGAGAAUUAGGCAUUUCUUUACGCUUCAUCAAGCGCAGCGACGAUAUUGUCCAAGACAAAGGUCAAGCUACAGAAGCUUUGGUGAAGUGGAUUUCCGAGCUAACAGAUCUUCGAUCAUUGAGGUUGCGAUCCAAAGAUGAUUCUGGGAACCCUUCAAGUCUUAGUUUAAAGCCGUUUUCACGCUUGGGAAAACUCUCUCAUAUGAAGUUACUCGGGAAGUUGCAACAACUCCCUCGCGCGGAUCACUUCCCACCUCAUAUUAAAGUUCUCACAUUAUCAUUGUCUUUUCUGUCCGAAGAUCCCAUGCCGAUCCUUGGACAGCUCCCGGAUUUAACAGUUUUGAGGCUGCUUGCUAACUCAUACCUUGGAGAGAAAAUGCUCUGCUCAGCUGACACUUUUAAGAAUCUUGAGGUUCUAAAACUCUGGGUGCUCGAAGAUCUCAAGGAAUGGGAAGUCGAAGACGGCGCAAUGAAGAAACUCAAAGAGGUCAACAUCAGAAGGUGUUCCAAACUGGAAAACUUCCCAACCAGCUUGUUGAAGCAGGAAACUUUCCGAGAUUUGAUCUUAAACAACAUGCCCCCUGCAUUCAAGGAAAAAAUUGACAACAAUUAUCAGUUCAAGGUCUCCACCAAAGAUUUCCAACGACAUCUCAGAGCUCAAGAUUAG